AUUCCCACUUAAUGCAUACAUGUAUCUUUCUAACAGGAAUAAAAACAUCUUGGCAAAAUGGUGAAGGUUGGUGUUAAUGGUUUUGGUCGUAUUGGCCGUCUGGUGACCCGUGCUGCUUUCCUCACUGGAAAGGUUGACAUUGUUGCCAUCAAUGACCCAUUCAUUGACCUAGACUACAUGGUUUACAUGUUUAAAUAUGACUCUACCCAUGGAAACUUCAAGGGAACCGUUGAAGCAGUGAAUGGAAAACUGGUUGUGAAUGGUCAUGCAAUCACAGUCUUCCAGGAACGGGACCCAAGCAACAUUAAAUGGGGAGAUGCAGGUGCAGUCUAUGUAGUAGAGUCUACUGGUGUCUUCACAACCAUUGAAAAGGCCUCUCUUCACUUGAAGGGUGGUGCAAAACGAGUGAUCAUCUCCGCUCCAUCCGCUGAUGCUCCCAUGUUUGUUAUUGGUGUAAACCAUGAAAAAUACGACAAUUCCCUUAAAGUUGUCAGCAAUGCCUCCUGCACCACUAACUGCCUAGCUCCUCUGGCCAAGGUGAUCAAUGACAACUUCCACAUUGUUGAAGGAUUGAUGACCACAGUACAUGCUUUCACUGCCACCCAAAAAACAGUGGAUGGACCAUCUGGCAAACUGUGGCGUGAUGGAAGAGGCGCUUCGCAGAACAUCAUUCCCGCAUCAACUGGUGCAGCAAAAGCUGUUGGCAAAGUCAUCCCAGAGCUGAAUGGAAAAAUUACUGGAAUGGCAUUCCGUGUUCCCACACCAAACGUGUCUGUAGUGGAUCUGACUGUCCGCCUGGAAAAGCCAGCCAAAUAUGAUGCUAUCAAGGCUGCUGUUAAGGCUGCAUCUGAAGGACCCAUGAAGGGAAUCCUCGGCUACACUGAAGAUCAGGUUGUCUCCACUGACUUCAAUGGCGAUAUACAUUCAUCCAUUUUUGAUGCUGGUGCUGGUAUUGCUCUGAACGAUCACUUUGUGAAGCUGAUCGCCUGGUAUGACAAUGAAUUUGGAUACAGUAACCGUGUGCUGGAUCUCAUAAUUCACAUGUUCUCCAAGGAAUAGAAUAUCACCUAUUGACCUCCUUCCUGUCACUGUGGGUCCCCAAUUCACCUAGUGGUAUUGUCACUGUAGGGCCCCAGAGUCAACCUCACUAGCUUGUCUGUCUGUGUCCAUUUUCUGCGUAAUAAAAUUUAAACAAAAUGAAUGAAA